AUGACCGCCGAGGAAGACCUCUUCGACGUGGAGCUGUGGACCAACAAUUUCCUACAACAAAACAUGACCCAGAUCACGGGAGCGACGAACCCUUCCGAUCCCACGAACGAAGCUCAAUAUUUGGCGGAUAACAUGCAAGCCCGGAUCCCCCAGACGUCCAUGGGCACAGAUCCGGGCGGUCAAAUUGUACCCCCGCCCCCAGCAGCCGCCAUGGCGGAAGCGGGCUCCGAAGGACCUACCCCGGCCCGCAACGCGCGCCCGCGCGCAAGUCCGCCCGCGAUGGAAAUCCUGGACGGACGGUUCAAAGGGCGGAGCCACUACCUGAGCCUCCUUAAAUCCUUUCAGGGCGUCCGCGAAUUCCUCUCCGACAUCAUUCGGAGCCACAGCAUUUUGGGGGCUGCGAAGUGGGACAAUGCGAGUCCGCAAAGGCGCCGAUCGCUGCCGACGUACUCGGCGAGCGAAGCGGAACAUGCGAUGAGCGAGCUUCUCCCGCCGAAGCAGCUACGCAGGCGCUACCUGGGAUCCUACUUUGAUCAUUUCAUGGGGUCGUACGACAUAGUGGAUACAACCCGGUUUUGGCGGGACUACACCAGCUUCUGUCAGGAUGCCCAUCCCAGAGGAUGGUCGGGCCACUUCGUUGCGCUCCUCCUCUGCAUGAUGUCUUGUGCCAGAUGUCUCCCCGAGGAAGCUUCGUCCUUCGACGGUGAGAGCUCCACCGCUAGAAAUGAAGCGGUUCGGUGGAUCGAUGCGGUGGAGCAAUGGCUGAGGUCGCGCAUGACCGAAGGCACGACACUCGAGACGUUUCAGAUCAAGUGUCUGGUUCAGAUCGCCAAGACCGCGAACGACAUCGACAGCGAUGGGGCCUAUACCGCAUCGCAGACAUUGAUCGCGGAUGCGAUCUCAUGCGGCUUACAUCGCGAUUGGGAGCUGUCUGGAGCGACGGGAUCUGCAUCGGGGCAAGAUCUACGCCGGCGCAUGUGGGCCGCUGUGGCGGACCUGGACAUUGCACAGUGCAUCGGACGUGGCGUGCCUUCGGUCGCUGCAGACCUUUUCACGGAUGCCAGGGAAAUGCCAAAACUGUCUCAGGACUGUGCCAAUGGCUCACAGAGCCGGCGGCAGUCAAAUCUCACCGACACGGAUGGGUUGUUGACCCAGCUUUCCACCUCUAUUCGACUCCUGCGCUACGAGAUUGUUGGGCUCGUCAAUGACCCGGAUAAGCAUGGGUCGCUGCACAAGACGCGGCUUGCAGCGUUUCGACAGCGAAUACAUGAUGCUUUGCUGAGCGUCACGGCUUUCACGAAUACGGGAGGAGAAGCGUCCAAAGCGAAGUCCACGACGAUCACUCGGGCCACCCUUUCUCUGUGCCUCCAUGAGCUCUUGAUUCUGCUUCAUUGGCCCUUUGCCCUCGUGAAUGACAAAAACGCUUCCCUCGAUAGGGAAUACUUCGCUUUCGUGUGCAUCCGCUCUUCGAGUGCGAUUGUCAAGAUAUACGAGCAAAUGUCCGAGUGCGGACUUAGUCAGAUGGCGCUGCCGGCCUCAACCCUUCUCAGAGCCGGGUUCUGUCUGAGCCUCAUCCAGACCGAGGGGACGGACAACGGUCGGUUGCAACGGUGA